AUGGCGCACCAGGUAAGGCAGUUCAGGUAAAGUUGCGUGAGGGUCACACAUCGACGCCAGUGACUUUCACUGAAGUGUCCGCCUAUAGAUCGGCACAUGUAACAUCCCCGGUGAGGCACCUGCAGGUGAAACAAUCUCGAGUCUAAAAACAGUCGGAAAAUCGCUUCCGUAGUGCUCAGUGGGUGUAAACCAACAUGCUACUACUUGGCUUCCAAAUCGGACGGAUUUGCGCUGCGGGUUUCGCUAUAAAGCCAACCGCGACGUGAGUCUCAAGGAAGUAAACUUGCCGAUGAUCCAUAUUGCCACAACCACACACCCGGGGUCGGAAUUACUGGACAGGCUUCAAUCAGUUUAAAAAAAAAAAAUAGUACUUUGAUUCUCUGACCAUGGUCGGCCGAAUCAGAGCUGACACGGCAGCCAUGUGUUGUACAGUCGAGUCGAGCGCGGAUAUGCGUGUCAUUUGAUCGAGCAGUCACACUUCGGGUCCGGGACCUCUGCAGCGUAACUUGCCGUUUAUGCACCUUGCACACACAUGGAGAUUGCAAGUUGGUUAAUAGGUGAUAGUAGUAAUAAGUGGACUUCAAAGCGAGCUAGCCUGCUGAGGCGAAGCUGAUUGACAUCGGGGUAGUGGAAGCACACGAUCAACCGAACAACUUGGCUCACAUACCCGCACUCACACACCAUCACGGUCUGCCUAUAUAAGAUGUCUUUUGCACAUGUCUAACCCUCACACCUGCAACUCUCCUUCUAACGACUUUGCAGCCGAGUGUUGUGAUGUUGUAACAUUAAAUGGAAAUAUCUCACACGUAUCAGGUAGUGGUUGCACCUGUCUUCCUCUGACGGGAGUUAACUUGGGAGAUUACUGUGAUAGGCUCGCUGAUUGCAUAGCCAAGCAAGUGAACGUCUUCCUAGCUGUGCCCGUGAGUCAGUGCCCUCAUCGGAUAGCGAGUGCUGUGCCGGCCCGCUCCAUCGGGCGGGCCCCUUGGAACAUAACUGUGUUGCCCCGGACCUGGCUGGGCACAAUCGUGCCUUAAAACAUCCAUUAUGGUAGGUGUCCCUACGAUGAGCAGGCCGCUGAUGUUGGUUGUGUGCUACCUACUACUACUACUGGGAUGUACAUAUGGGGGACAGGUUCAAGGAGGUACAGACCAGGACUCCUCCACGGACACACAAGGACAGAGCACCCCGCACAGGAGCCGCGAGGCAGUCAUCAGGGCAUUUGAAAAGAACCUACUGAACAUGUUUGGAUUGAAGGAGAAACCUAAACCCAGCAGGAAAAUACACGUGCCACAGUACAUGCUGGAUCUUUACAAUGCGCAGACCGACUCCCCAAUCUCCAACCUCGACAUCGACGUCAAAGGCAAAACAAGCAGAUCCACCAACAUCGUGCGGAGUUUCCACCAUCAAGAACACGAAGGCGAUUACACUAGUUCGCAGGAUGAUUCUAGACAACAUGGACACACGCACAGACUCACAUUCAACGUUUCUGCAAUAGCAGACAACGAGGUUCUCACCGAUGCCGAAUUGCGCAUAUUUUGGAAGAAUCAUCAUUCAGUUUCAAAGAGAGACCUCACAGAUAGAGACCAGACAAAUUCAACCAAAUCUUCAGAACAGAGUUAUAAACACAGGGUCAAUGUGUACCAAAUUCUUAAAAGGCUGGUCAAGAGCAAUGACGUCAUAAAGCGACUCAUUGACACCAAAGUGGUGGAUAUUCGCAACACGAGCUGGCAGUCUUUCGACGUUCGGCCAGCGAUCAAAGACUGGAGGAGGCCGCAUCGUCCCAAUCACGGGAUCGAGGUUGAAGUCCUCGACCACAGGGGUCGGCCGAUUAGCGUGCACAGAAACCUUAGAAUAGCUCGGUCUGUCAGCGAGCAAGUAGACUCUUCUGAGGACGAGACAAGGUGGUUUCAAGAGCGCCCUCAUAUUGUCACCUACACGGAUGAUGGCAGGCAAAAACGAUCUGCUAUCAGGCGCACCAGUCGGCAACGAAGCGGCAAGAGGAAACGGAAGCUGAAACCCAACUGUCGCAGACAUCCUCUGUACGUGGACUUCACUGAUGUAGGCUGGAAUAGCUGGAUUGUAGCUCCAGCCGGCUACCAGGCAUAUUACUGCCAAGGCGAAUGCCCCUUUCCUCUAGUGGAUCAUCUCAAUGCGACAAACCACGCAAUAGUGCAGACAUUAGUAAACUCAGCCAGUCCCCAGCUAGCUCCCAAGGCGUGCUGUGUACCCACGGAUCUGAGUGCAAUAAGCAUGCUUUACCUUGAUGACUCAGAUUCAGUCAUUCUAAGGAAUUAUCAGGACAUGGUAGUGGAAGGCUGCGGUUGCCGAUAAACGAACGAACAGAGAAUUUUAUAUAUUAACCUGAGGAAAUCUCAUAUUUUUAUUGUUUGAUAAGCAGAAGUUGAGAUAUCCCCAGGUGUAUAGUUAGAAGUGUAAUAUACUUGUCAAUAUGUUUAAUAUCUAACAUGAUGUAUAAAGUUAUUUAUAUUUCACAAUUCAUAUGCCUUAUAUAUUUUAAGUGCAGGUUCUUGGUAUUUCCGAGAGCUACGUACAGUAAUUCUGUAUAAAAAAAUAAUUUUAACAGAACACCAGAAAAAAUACAUUUGUACAUAACACAACGAAGCUGCAUGCUUGACCAUAAUUAGGUGGUCAAAAUGGUUUGUGGCAUUAAACAAAAAAUAGAAGUAUCCAGUUGCUCUGAAGUUGUGGACUGUUAAUCUCACUUCCUUUAGAAAUCGGGUUUUUUUCUUGGGGGGGGGAGGGCAAAAACAAAUUCUUAAAUUUUAGAAUUCUUUAUUAAAAGAUGUGAAGUCUUGGGCUGAUCUCGAAGAACUUUUGUGGUCAAAAUAUGCCGGGAAUGGUACCUAAGGUUUGCACGCAUUGAAAUAUUUAGAUACAUGUACUAGAUAGGGCACUGAUGAUAAUUAUUAGCAAUACACCUUAAUAUAAUUGAACAAUACACUACACGCGCGACUCGGAACAUUUACAAAACACAUUUUAGGAACCAUUACUGUUAACAUUAGUAUGCGAAACCUUGAAAUAAGACUUUUGGGGUGUAGGGUAGGCGUGUCGAAAAAGGUUUCAUUUCUAAUAUGUUGCCCAUAAUUGGACAAAUUAUGCAACUUUUUUUUACAAUGUAGUCUUCAUCAAUUGGUCUUCCAAGGUCACACAGAUUAACGACAACGCGGUGCUUGAAAAGUCUGAGGCUUAUUUGUAUUAGCACAAAUGUAUGAUAUAUAUUGACAAAUGUUAAUUUUAUUGUAGUAAGAAAUGAACCGAAAUAUGGGUCCUGACAUGAUACUUUUUUUUAGCGGAACAUCUUGUGAACAUGUUUGAGUUUAAUUAGGUUUCAAACAGUGCAUUUUGUUGCUUAAAAGUCUUUUUUUAGAUCUCAUUUUUGAAGACAUGUUCACAAAGGACAUAAUCAUGUGACCUUUCUAAAGUUUGUGCUUUCUCGUUCAUAUAUCAUGGAUUUAUUUGGAUUGUUGUUAAAAUACCCGAUUCUGCAUAUUUCUGUACAUGUAGCAAUAAUGGACUAUAGUAUUUCUGCACUGGUAUUUUAUAACAGACUUUGCAUGCAUCAGAGUAUUCAGUACUUUGGAAUGUUUUGGCGCUCUUUUGUCCAACGUGCUCAAAGUCAAACAAGUUCGAUUUUUCUUUUAUAAAACAAGUGCCUGGCACAUGGUGUAUUCUUUCAAUGGUAUACCGUCCAAGAUUUCUGAAAAGUAAGGGAAUACUUUUUGUCAUUCUUAUAAAAACCGAGGCUGAAAAUACGGAUAAGAUUUGGGAAUACAGUGUAAUUAGGUGUCGAGACACGUGGUCAAAGGACGGACUUGUCCAUAAUUUGAAAGAAACCUUAUCACGCGUGGCUUAUUUUGUUCAACAAAAAAUUCUUUCCUAAACACGCAUGCCUUUUUGCAAAAAAAAAAAUAGGUUGGCAGAUAGACAUCUAUAACAGUAUUGUUCAUAGAGGACUUUUUUCCUCUUAAUUUGCAAGUAUUUGCGGGUUUGCUGCUGGAAAAUUCGUUCUUUUCACUUCACAAGUAUAUCAACACGAAGUAUUAGAUAUAUUUAUUACAUGUUUGCGACGAUGAUAUUCCUCACCACUUGUUUUUUAUUUAUUUUUUGUUUUGUUUUAGUAUGUAUCCUGUUUUGAUGACGUUUACGUUUAAUGCAUUUGAAUACAGUAUUUUUUAAUUUAUAUUAUUUAAAAUGUAAAAUUACGGAAUAGAUUUCGCCCGUAUUUUAAAGUUAGGGCAUGCUUUGUACAUAGUCACCUGUGCUUUUUAUGUACCAUAAAGAAAACCUGUAUAAGCUGGUAUAUUGUUAUCGAUAUAUAUUAGCAUUUGUAACAAGUUAUCCAUAUAGCGGAGGAGUCAAAAUUGUGUAAUGAACCUUUUUAAAACACAUUUGUCUUCCUAAUAAGGGAGUGCCUUUAAAGUUAAUGUAUUUUUCUAAACAAUCCUGAAGCAGGGCAAUGUAACACAAUAGGCCUAGGCCUGGCACAACUUUGGUAUUAUUCAUGUAUUGUAGAGAACCAUGUAUUUUCGGAUGAAUCAUCAGAGGCUUUGAGAAUAAAACAACACAUUGGAAUGUGUCUGUUGUAAUCAA